CUUCUUCUUCCUCGCACGCCGGCACACCAUUAUUCCAUCCCCCUCGGCGUCGAGAGCUUGCUUGCCAGGAGCCUGCCUGCUUCCCAUGGCGUCCGUUCCCAGCCGGCCGCUGUGCUGCUUCCUGCUGGCGUGCAUCUCCUGGUGCGGCCUGCUGAUCCCUUGCUGCCGAUCAGAUGGCUCCGCAGCUGCUGCUGCUGCCGCCUUCCAUGGCCAGAAGAGAGACGCCCCGGACAUAGUCGGGAGAGCCCUCAUCUGCUUCGACGACCGCUACAUCUACAGCAGGUGCCAGGGCUCGUUCCGUCUGGGCCCGCAGGGCGCGCUGGACGUGCCGCCGGGGUCGGCCGACGCCUUCUGCAGCGGGCCCUGCCUGGCCGAGACGGAGCUCGUGCUCCGCUGCGUCGACGGCAUCAUGGGCAACUUCCGCUUCUACAACGGCGCCACCGCCGCCGACGUCCGCUCCGCGCUCGACAGCGGCUGCGGCCGCUCGGGCCUCCGCGGCGACUUCGACGUGCUGCGCCGCCUCGGAGGGGCCGGCGGCGGCGGCGACAACUACGGCGACGGGUACUUCUACGGCCGCGCGGCCGGCGGCCGGCGGCCAGCCUCGCUCGUCGGCAGCCUCGCGCCGCCGCUGCUGCUGGGCGCGGCCGCCGCGGUCCUCGCGUGGGCGUGAUCGAUCACAUCAACGAAGCACAUGUUGGUGCCAGUUGCUCUGAUCAAGUAUAGUGUAGUGACACUGUGACAGUGAUAACUAGUUAUUAGCCGUAGUGCAUGAGAUCGACUUGAUGCAUCGAGAUAAUAGGAAGCCUGUGAUCGACCACUCGACCUGUUGUGGAAUGAGAAGAACUGCUGCUACAGCAAAGUGCAAAAUCUGCACUGCUACUAGGUUAGGUACGCUAGCUAGUACUUGCGUGGAAAGUCAUGAAUAGGAGUUGUUCUUGUUUUCUUUACCUGUUUGACAAGAAGUAGAUGAAAAUUAAAGCUUCAGAUAAA